CCGGAAUGCCUUCUCGGGGCUCCCCUCUGGCGCCUUUGCUGCUCCUGUCCCUGCAUGGUGUUGCAGCAUCUCUGGAAGUGUCAGAGAGCCCUGGCAGUAUCCAGGUGGCCCGGGGUCAGACAGCAGUCCUGCCCUGUACUUUUACCACCAGUGCUGCACUCAUUAACCUCAAUGUCAUUUGGAUGGUCAUUCCUCUCUCCAAUGCUAACCAACCUGAACAGGUCAUUCUGUAUCAGGGAGGACAGAUGUUUGAUGGUGCCCCCCGGUUCCAUGGGAGGGUAGGAUUUACAGGCACCAUGCCAGCCACCAAUGUCUCUAUCUUCAUUAAUAACACUCAACUCUCAGAUACAGGCACCUACCAGUGUUUGGUCAACAACCUUCCAGACAGAGGGGGCAGGAACAUUGGGGUCACUGGUCUCACAGUGUUAGUUCCCCCUUCCGCCCCACACUGCCAAAUCCAAGGAUCCCAGGACCUCGGCAGCGAUGUCAUCCUGCUCUGCAGCUCAGAGGAAGGCAUCCCUCGGCCAACUUACCUUUGGGAGAAGUUGGACAAUACCCUCAAACUACCUCCAACAGCCACUCAGGACCAGGUUCAGGGAACUGUCACCAUCCGGAACGUCAGUGCUUUGUCUUCAGGUUUGUACCAGUGUGUGGCUUCUAACGCCAUUGGAACCAGCACUUGUCUUUUGGAUCUGCAGGUUAUUUCACCCCAGCCGAGGAACACUGGACUAAUAGCUGGAGCCAUUGGUACUGGUGCAGUUAUUGUCAUUCUUUGCAUUGCACUAAUUUUAGGGGUAUUCUUUUAUUGGAGAAACAAAAAUAAAGAGGAGGAAGAAGAAGAAAUUCCCAAUGAAAUAAGAGAGGAUGAUCUUCCACCUAAAUGUUCUUCGGCCAAAGCAUUUCACACUGAGAUAUCCUCUUCAGAGAACAACACGUUGACCUCUUCCAAUACCUGUAACAGUCGAUACUGGAGCACCAAUCCGAAAGUUCAUAGAAACACGGAGUCAUUCAACCACUUCGGUGACUUGCGCCAGUCUUUCUCUCUCCGCUCAGGCAAUGCCAAUAUACCAUCAAUUUAUGCUAAUGGGAAUCACCUGGUCCCAGGUCCACAUAAGACUCUGGUAGUGACAGCCAACAGAGGGUCAUCACCGCCAGUCAUGCCCAGGAGCAACGGCCAGGAAGCCUCGGCCUCAGCACACACACUCCUACACCAUCAGUCAAGCCACACUGGAGCGAAUCGGUGCGGUCCCUGUCAUGGUGCCAGCCCAGAGUCGGGCCGGAUCUCUGGUAUAGGACAUGAGGAAAUGCGUUGAGAAGAGUAAACGGAAUCCCCCAUACAAGUGGGGUUGGGAUGGUGACUGCUGAGAAAGAAACACUCUCCGUGUGGUAGUAGUAAAAAGCACAAGAAGGCUAUGCUGUAAGUGGCCACUAAGAUGUGUAAAAUGGACUGGGAUGCUCCAUCAGAAGCCUUGUUUCUCCACUGCAGAUGUCUCGGGAUUCUGUUUUUAAAAGCUGGAGCUCAAAGAUGUGCCAAGCCAAGUAAAAAGAUAAAAGAGUAGAAUAGCACUUAAAACCCAAACUGCAGUCCAGAUGGGCUUGUUCUUUAAUUUAUGCCUAAUAAUAAUUUUUCAAGAAACUACAGUGCCAGAUAAAGUUUACAUACUGAAAUUAUUUAAAAAUACAGGUGUCUUUAAAAAAAAAUAACAAGCAACCCUGUGAUUUGUUCCACUCCUCCCCUCCCCUCCCCUCAUUAUGUAGAGGGCUCAUUGGCAUAAAUGGCUAAUACUGCUCCCAGCAGGGCUGACUCUUUUAUCAUAGAAUUAAAAGUUUUUACACAAAAUUUAGUAAGAAAUGGGGGGAAACAAAGGAAAUUUCCUUGAGAAGCCCCCCCAUAUUUAUUUAUUUACCUGUUUCUUCCUAAACCGUGCAUUUCAUAUUUGGAAUAUUGCUAUAUUGACAGAUUCUUACCUGUCUACAUUAUUCUAGGAUCUGUUACAGGUCCAUGGCAGUUACUGUUUUUUAUUUCCUAGAAAAACAUUUUUUUUAAA